AUGGAAGUCACCCGCCUGCUUUUGCUGGCCGGGCUCGCGGCAGACACUCGGGCCAUCGCUGGCUACGCCCCUGGCUCGGAUGACGAUGCUGUCGCCUCGACUGACGCCCGGCGCCAGAUGUACGACGGAAACCGUGGCGGCAGCAGAACGGGCGGCGGCGGCCCGCAGGCGACAGAGGCGGCGCUCUUGGCCACGCCCCGCGCCCGGCGCUCGCUCGCGAGCACCGGAACGUACGGCACGAUCUUUGGGCGCAAGAUCGGGCAGACGAUGCAGAUCUUUGCGUACUCGAGCGACACGGCAACGAACGGUGCGUCCGGGGUGCUCAUCGACGCGGACACCGCCCUCUCCUGGCAAACCGUCGAGGUCGCCUUUGCCAACGGCGUGAUCGAGAGCGUCGCCGCCGAGAACGGCCUCACUGCGACUAUCAAAACGAACAACAAGGAAGUCGGCGUCGGCGACUUGGGUGGCUCGGGCAAGUCCCACCCCGCCGGCCUCGUCAUGACUGUCACCUUCACCUCCGGCACGGACAUGGACAGCGUGUACAUCGACUUCUCGUCGAGCACAACCGUGAUCUGCAUCGUGACCUGCGUCCCGUUUACCUCGACGCCCCGUGUGGCGACCGUCGUGCAGGACAAGAGCAACAACCUCUACCUGUUCGCCUCGCCCAACACGCCCACAGACGGCGUGGCUUCGACCAUCGAGAUUGCGGUCACGGGCGCCUUUAACGAGAGCGACAUCACCUCCCUUCUCACUGGCAUGACGCCGCAGGUUGGCAGCGGCUUCUUCGGGGUGGGCUUCCUCGACGGCACGUCGAAGCUCCCCGACGGCGAGGCGAUCGCUGUCGUGUCUCGGCCCCUCCUGGACAUCGACGUGGACUCUGUGACGACCGCGGUCGUCGCCUCUCCCGCCGCCCCGGCAUUCGACGCGCUCCUCUUUGUCAUCGGGGCGGCCUUCGACCCGUGCGUCUUGUGCAACGCAAUCCUGAGAAAGACUGGCAACAGGCCCCGUUUGUACGGAAACCCGUGCCUGCCUGGCGACCCGACGAAAACCUACAAGGACGGCCCCAAAUCCACCGCCGACCUCGUCCAGGAGACUACCGAGUGCUACACGAACAUCGCGGACGAUCCUACGAAUCCGGUGCGCCGCUGCGUCUAUGACUACAUGGAGGGGUCAGGAUACGAUUACGAAGGGAAACUGAACGAAAAGCCCCUUGACCGAAUUGAGACGUGCAUGACGCUCCCGUCGCC